AUCAAAUAUACACCAUUUGUACACAAACGAUAUUUCAGAAGGAAGUAAAUUUGUUAUUCUAGUUUCGUUUUCGACACGUAUUAUAGGUAAAAGAAUCAGACAUAUACUUUAAUUGUAGGUAGACAAGGCAAUUUUGAGAUCUUUUAAGGGUAAUUUACUAUAAAGCCAUAGUCAUGGCAAUGGCUGAUCCAGGUGUCGUGGACUACUCGAUUUCAUAUAUAACAACCUGGGGAGAUGAGAUCGAGAAGAAGGAUGGUGAACUUACUAUUUCCUUGCAAAUGGGACUGAUAUUUAGCGGACAUGUUGAGAAACAAAUAAAUAUUGAAUCACUAAGAUGGAUUUCAAAACAACAAUAUACAGGCUUUCCAGAAAGGCCUCAACAUUGUUUGGUUGUGUCCUAUUUAGAUGCUGACUCAAAGUCUGUGUCAAAUGUAUUCUUCGAGUUAAAAUUGAAUAGAGAAGAGAUCGUGACGAAAUGUUUAGAUAACAUGAAAGAUUUGUUGACUGUAAAAUAUCAAGGUUGUACUGACGACUUAGAAAAAAUCAGCGAUGUCGUUGCAUUAGUAUUUAAUCAGCCCAUUUUCAUGGGCAGAGUUAACAUGACAGUUGUGUCUGCUGACGAUGGAAAAUUGGAAGCAGCCAUUGAGGCGUCAGUGGGUCAGAUUUCCGAGUAUCUAAUGCUAAUUGAUCUGGAGUGUAUGUGCUUGUACAGAGGGGAGCUUACCAAGCCUGUGCACCAGCUCAUGUUUUGGGAGGAGGAGAGUGCAAGCUCAAUUGAACGGGUCAAGCUGACGCAGAAACCGGCAUCGGGCUCACUUCCGGAGAAGACGGUUUUCUUCCAGACAAAAACACAGUCCUUUGCUUAUAGUGCUGAUGCAGAGACAGUGAAACAGAUACAAAACUUGAUACCAAAGAAAAAAAAUCUUAUGACAGAUCCAAAACUGAUGCUGGAAAUUAUGCCACGGCUACAAUAUGCUCCUGUUUUACCCACUAAACAUUUUAAUAGGAAGCCAGUUAGUCCCCCUUCCUAUCCAUCAGAAGGAGCGGUGGGGGGAUUUCCAGAUUUCGAGAGUAUGCCAGAUGGACAGAUAGCAGAGAGACUUGCUGGUCAACUUGCAACAGCCGAGUUAACUUUCCAAGGCAAUGAUGACAUGCAGAAUAUAUGGAUAGCCAUUGAGUUUGACAUUAAAGAAAUCAUGGACAGUGGUGUUGUACCAACUACAGAUCACCGUAGUGGAGGCAUGAGUGCAGAGAGCGGAGACCACCUGGAGAAGGCAUUACAAGACUUGAGGACCAGCUACGUGAGAAUAAGUAAGACUUAAAAUUAU